AUCAAGUUUAACUAUUUUAAUUGGUCUAUCUUCAGUGCCUAAUUCUCUCAAUACCGCCCCUUCUGCCACCGUCAUCACGGGUUACCUUGGAAGCGAGAAGAAACUAUCCAGGCAUUUACACUACAGGUUAGCCUCUGUAGUAGCUUGGAGGAAUGUGACAAAUAGUAGGUUGGAUCAAGGAAGUAAACGGCGAAACAUCCGAUACUUUUAGAGAGGGGAAGGUCUUCACGCGAAUGUUUUCGGUAUGAAAGGAGAUUUUUGACGUUAACAUAUCAGAAUCAUGUCCCAACAGCAGCGGGUUGUGCAGCUGUCCCCGGCGUCUCUCGCGCUGGUCUUUGGUAAGGACGAAGAGAGCUCGAGAACUGCUGGGGGGAAAUACAAUGCGUCCAGCGCGAGCGGUAGAGAAAUUUUUGCGGAUUUUAAAUCGCAAAACAUGCGAAGCUUUUGGAAUAAGAGACUGGUCAAAGCCAUGGCAGAGGUUUAUUUCCAGGGCUGGAUGGAGAAUUUUGUGCUCAUAGUCCAAGGGAAUGCGAACCAUUUGGAAGUAGUGAGGGAAGCGUGGAUGCGAAGGGCGCUGCGGUCUCCGAGAGGAUUUAACAUCCGAGCUGUGGGUGACCUCUCUCCCAUGCAGAUGGCUCCCACCGUGCAGUCCCAGUUCAUCCCUCUCUCUGAAGUGCUGUGCUCUGUCAUAUCCGACAUGAACGCAGCGCAGGUCACCGUCAGCCAGGAGGCGCUGUUCAGCCACAUGAUGAAGGCUUACCCAGGUAUGACCAUUCCCACCCAGGAUAUCCUGUACAAUGCUCUGGGCUCUCUGAUAAAGGAGAGGAAGAUCUACCACACAGGUGAGGGCUACUUCAUCGUGACUCCACAGACCUACUUCAUCACCAACAGCGUUGUCAAGGACAAGCACUGGUGGACCUCUGGUGAGAACGACCUCCCCUCCCCCCCGCCCAUCACCUACCUGCUGAGCAGCGAGAGCUGUAUGGACAGCACUGCCGACCCCCCCUCCGUGGCGCACUGCAAGUCCUGCAGCUGCUUUGCCCCGUCCGUCCUGGACCAGCACUCCGUCGCCGAGAGCACAGCCAAAAGCCUCCGGUGGCCCCGGGACCCCAAGCCCUCCAUCCAGCAUCAGUCCACCUCCACGGCCACCCACUACCAGCCCAGUGAGAUGAGCAAGUCCACCACCAGCCGCAAGGACAAGGAGAAGCCGGGCCGCAAGUUUGGCCUCAGCUUCUUCCGCCGAAACGUGGGAAAGAAGGAGAAGCCCAAGAAGGAGUAUGCCACGUACUCCGGACAGUUCCCCCCGGCGGAGUGGCCUGUUCGGGACGAGGAAGACCUGAACAACCUGCCUCGGGACCUGGAGCAUGCCAUCAUCAGACGCAUUAACCCCGAGCUGACUGUGGACAACCUGGUGCGCCACACGGUGUUGAUGAAGAAGCUGGAGGACAAGGGUGGAGACAAGGGUGGAGACAAGGGGGUCGACCGGGGCGUGUCCACCGAGAUCCUAACCUCCAAGCAGCGGCACCCGUCAGCCAAGGUCCCUGGCAAGAGGUCCUCCUCCAGGGCUGCCCGCAGCAAGAGGAAAACACGCUCCUCCAGGGAGAAGCAGAGGGAGAAGAUGAAAGAUUUAGGCUGCCCCGCUGACCCGGACCUGGACCACGUUCCUUCCCUGCUUGGAUCUGAGGUGGCUGUGGAUGAACCAGUCCCUCGGGCUUAUGAACAUUCUUCUCCUGUGGACACCAAAAAUGUGUUUAAGAAACGAAUUGACAACCCAUUCCAGGGUAGGCCAGUGAGGAAGCCAGAAGAGAGCAGGCAGACGGGGGACAGCAGGGAGCACGCGGGGCACAGGUCAAAGUCCUGGGAUCCAUCCCAAACAAAGAAAUCCACCAACAGGACUGGGAGACCAGUGACCACUAUUGACAGGUCCUGCGAGGCACUGACAUUAGACAGCCAACCAGUCAAAGAGCUUCUUGGAGACUACAGUUCUGGUUACCCGGAGACCAGCACUCUGAGAAUAGAAGACAAAAUGAAGAAACUGACAGAGUCUAAAGCAAGAGGCAGGGCUUUAGAGGAUGAUAAUGGGAAGGGUACAAAGCAUAAGGUUUCUCAGGAUGGGAACGCGGGGGGUAGGUUACAUCCUCGGCACCCCACAAAGCAGGCACCCCACAAGGACAGUGACCUUAUGGCCCAUCCGCUUCCACCCCAAAUCACUCAUCAGAGCAGUACAGCAGCCUCCCCAUUUGGGCCAAAUACCACCGCCCAACACAGACUUGGUCUGUCUGCCCAACAGCUAGAUGGCAAGGGAGACGUGAAGCAGAGCCUCAGUCACUGUGGCUCACAGCAGCACACUCCACAGCCAUUAAAGAGCGGUGGCCUGCGGGUAGACUCGGGACAAACAGAGAGCGACAGCUUCACAGAUGAAGACCAGGCGCUCUACCAGCGGGCGGUGGAGGAUGACGAUGCUUGCAGCUCCCUCUAUCUGAAUGAGGACUCCAUGAACGAGGGCAGCGAUGUCAGCCAAUCAGAAAGGAUCCCCUAUCAGCAGUCCUCUACUGAGGGGGACCGGGACUGUGCUUUUCUGGAGGAGGUUGGGGUGCACCAGGGGCCUGUAUUAGGAACCAGUCAACAAGUGGACUGCAGGUGGCAUGAGCUGGAUUCCCGGCGGCACUCAGUCGUGUCCCAGGCUUAUGGAGCUCCUGCACAGGCCCCCCAGGUUCCGCUGCUGCCUGGGGGAGAAGCAGAGCCCGACGGAGCGGUCCAGAGCUGCAUCUUCGACCGCUGCCAGGGCAGCGAGGCGGACUCGGACACGGAGACGCUGCACAGAUCUGCCGAUGAAGCCGAGAGCCGGUCGUUCAGCUGGGGCUGCGGCCCACGGCCAGAGGAGCUGGAGCACCAGGGAGCCGCGGGCAGCCCUCGUCCCGCCGCCGCCAGUCAGGGCGCCCCUGCAGGAGCCGGCGCGGGGGAGGCGGUGGAGAACCACAGCAGCACGGGGGACAGCGGGAUCGACUCUCCAAGAACUCGAGUCAGCCUGACCUCCAGCAGCUCGGGGAUUGUGGAAGGGCUGAAGCAGCGGAUUUUCCUGCAGGACUUGGAGACGUUGCACUCCAUGAGGCCCCAGAACUCUGUACUGCAGCUCGCGUCCACCAUGAACGUAUGAGCACUGCAGUUACUGUAUAUGACGUUCAGCGCUGGCUCUUCCAGUCUUAUUGUAUAAAUGUAAAUGUAUACACAGUGUAUAGAAGUUUAAACGGUUACCAUGUCUCUGGUGCUCAGUAUCCAUACCCUAUAUUGUGUAUUUGCAGACCUGUGCAUGAUGGAUUGUUGGUGUAAAAUAAUAUUUUUGUACUUUUCUGUCAGAGGGACUUUUAUUUCUGAGGUCCCAAGGUUUUCUGUGAAUUUACACUUUAGGGGUCUUAAAACCUAAAAUGAGUUCAAUAUUUUAUCAACACUUCAUUUUCUGACUUUUCAUGUUGACAUUUGCCAGGAAUUAAAAUGUGACAAAUGAGUCUAGAAUUA